AUCGAAACGACGUUCAAGCAUGAGCGAUGUGCAGCAGCAAGAGUCCCCGGAGGACAGCGGGGGGUCUAUGCACAUGUUGCAGGCGCGACGAUACGCGAAAAAAGCGAAGCAAAAGACUGGAUAUGAUCUCUUCAUGUUGGAAAUGAAGGAUGUUUUCCAAGCUCUCAAGCAAACUGAACCCGAUGCCAGCUUCGUAAAGCAAAAGUGGAAAGGAGCUCCCAGCAAGUGA